AUGAAAACCGGGUUUCUAUCCCCGUUAUUAAUAUGUCUUCUUCUGAAUUCUCUGGUAUUAUGCCAAGAAACUGAACGAAUUCUCGCAAAUAAUGGAACAGAAGAUAACGAGAAUAUUCCGUCAAAGGGAUCUACUCCCAACACAAAUCCAUUGUUUCUCUCAAAUUCAAGUGCAGGGUUGUAUGAUUCAAAAGGAAAAAUCAGAUUGACAAUCGGACAUAUUGGAGCAAUUGGAGCAUUGAGAAAUGAUGUGAAAAUAUUGGAAGUGUCUCAUAAAUCACUGCUGGUCGAAGGAAUUUUGGAUGAAGACUUGGAUGUUGAAAUAAUAUCUCAAACUGGAUGUGGUGAAUCGUAUGAAGGAGUUGCUGUCGCUGCAGACAUGUAUCAUCUCCAAAAAGUGAAAGCAUUCAUUGGUCCCUAUUGUAAUGCUGAAAUGGAUGCAGUCGCUCGAAUGGCUGCAUUCUGGAAUAUUCCAAUCAUUGGCUACAUGGCUGCUUCGAAUAAUUUAGCUGAUAAAAAUGCGUAUCCAACCCUUGCCAGAAUUUCUAUGAGAACGACGAAUUCAAUCGCUGAAGCGACGUGUGCAAUGCUUCGUCACUAUGGAUGGAAUAAAGUGGCAAUCGUGACAAAUACUGGAGUUUUGGCAUAUGAUAGAGUGAUUUCAUUCGAAGAAGUAUUUCAUCAGAGAGGAAUUUCAGUGGUUAAAAAGAUUAUGUUUGAUGAAUUCGCUGAUUCAAAAGCAAUGGUUGCUUCUGGAUUGUUGAAUGAUAUUAAGAAUUCAGCGAGAAUUGUUGUCUGUCUUUUCUCGAACACCAGAGAAACUUCUCGUGAGUUUUUAACUGCUGCGAACACUCAAGGGAUGAGUGUGAAUGAGUAUGGAUACGUAUUCCCAUGGUUGCAAGAUGGUGGAAAAGAUAUUGCUCCUUGGACUGGAUCAGAUGGAUCAAUGCUUCAGAAAGUGAAAGAUCAGUAUGCUAAUGCGAUUAUCAUUGAUGAUGUCAACAGUUUUGAUAACACUAUCAUUGGUCCUUUUGUUGAAAGAAUUAAAGAUGUUGGAUUGACUGAAGCAGAUGUUGAUAUAGCAAAUAUCUAUGGAUAUCUCUAUUUGUUUGAUGCUCUGAAACUCUAUGCUCUUGCUGCCAGAAAAGUUUUAAAUGAGACUGGAAAAGCAGAGAAUCUUCUGAACGGAAGAAUGAUGUGGCAGAAUAUGAGGAAGAUGAAGUUUAUCGGAAUGGUCGGUGCAUCUGGAAUAGCGUCUGGACUUGUCUCAAUGGAUGAUCGAGCUGAAAGAGCACCUCUGUACCGUGGAUUCUUUGUAUCUCCUAAUACAGAUGCAGUACUUCCAAUGGUUCAUAUGGAACCGACAAUGCUUGAUAAUUGUGAUGGGAUUGCCAACAAAUCCGGAUGUUAUGAGAUCGUUGUUACCGAUAUAAUGAGAGAUUUCUGGCCGUCGAUAGAUCGAAAAAUGCCCAAGGAUGAGCCAGACUGCGGAUUCAGAAAUGAAAGAUGUGAUUACACACUGAUUAUCAUUGGAGCCGCGCUUAUCCUUCUAUUUAUCAUCGCCGCCGUCUCAAUCUUCUUUGCUCAAAAGCUUCUAGAAAAGAGAGCAUUGGAUAAACUUCCAUUUAGGAUUUAUAGAGAUGAUCUACAGUUUAUCGAUGAAGAACAAUUGAAAAGUAUGCUCUCGUUGGGAAGUACUCGAACUAAAAUGAGUAAUAUGAACUAUGGAUCAAGGAAUCAUGCGAUUGUUGGAACAAAUACACAUGCAAUCUAUCAUAAAUAUGUUCAGAGAAGACCGAUUAUUUUUAAUCGAGCAGAUAAAACACUCAUCCAAUUGAUGAAAGCUGCUGUCCAUGACAACAUCAACCCGUUCUUGGGAAUGGUUUGGAAUGAGAAAGAAGAGAUGUUACUCGUUUGGAAAUUCUGUUCUCGUGGUACCCUUCAAGAUAUCAUUUACAAUGACAAUAUUCAAUUGGAUACCAAAUUCCAUGGAGCAUUCAUUCGAGAUAUUUUGGCUGGAUUGGAAUAUUUACAUGCCUCGCAGAUUGGAUAUCACGGCUCUCUUACACCAUGGUCAUGUCUUAUUGACAGAAAUUGGAUGGUUAAGCUGACAGAUUACGGAAUUGCUGAUCCAUUAGAGAGAUGGGAGAAACAACAAUCAAUCUCGAGAGAUGCUCUGACAAGUGAAGAUGAUAAAUCACAGGCAACACAAAGCACAAGUAUACUGUAUGAGUCACCUGAAAUGCUGAAGAAUCGAGAAAAGAAUCGAGUGAGACGAGUGGAUCAGGACUGGAUGAGACAGACUCAAGCGAGACGGCAGCUGGGAGAUGUCUAUGCAUUUGGACUCGUUAUGUAUGAGAUUAUAUUCAGAGCUCUUCCAUUCCCAGAGGGUACUAAUCAGUCAGAGUUGGUUGAAUGGUUGAAGGAUGGAACGAAAGUUGUGAAGCCGGUAAUUACCCAGAACAAAGUGUUGAAUAUGGAUCUGACUGCAUUGAUUCAAGACUGUUGGAAUACAACUCCAGAGAUGAGACCCUCUUUGAGAAGAAUCAAGUUGAAUGUGGAGACUUAUUUGAACAUAAAGGGGUCUCUGGUUGAUCAAAUGACACGAAUGAUGGAACAAUAUGCCAAUAACCUCGAGAAGUUGGUGGCUGAAAGAACUGGAAUGUUAGAGGAAGCAAAUCAACGAGCAGACCGUCUUCUCAGUCAGCUUCUCCCUGCUUACGUGGCUAAUGAACUAAAGUUAGGACGGCCUGUUCCCCCGAAGACUUUCACUGGAUCUACUGUUCUUUUCAGUGACAUCGUUGGUUUCACCGAGAUGUGUCAACAUGCUUCUCCCCUUGAAGUGGUUUCUGUUCUUAAUGGAAUUUUCGAUGGAUUCGAUCAAUUUAUUGCAAGAAAAGAUGCAUACAAAGUGGAAACAAUUGGAGAUGCGUACAUGGUUGUCUCAGGAGUUCCAGAAGAGAACGGACAUCGUCAUAUCAAUGAAAUUGCCAGUAUUGCUUUGGAUGUUCAUAAGUUCUUGUCUGAAUUCGUCGUCCCUCAUAAACGAGAUACGAAAGUUCAAUGUCGUCUAGGUUUCCACACUGGUCCAGUCGCUGCAGCUGUCGUCGGACUCAAUGCUCCUCGAUACUGUCUCUUUGGGGAUACUGUAAACAUGGCAUCUCGAAUGGAAAGUAACGGAGAACCUGGGAAAACUCAAAUAUCUGAAACUGCAAAGAAUCUUCUUCUGAAAGAGUAUCCCGACUACAUUUGUGAACAACGUGGAGAGAUUCCAAUCAAAGGAAAAGGGAUGUGUAUGACGUAUUGGUUGAUGGGAACUAAAUCAGAAGGUGCUGGGCAGAGUGGAGCAUAUUUGGCGCCGUCGAUGAAAUCAUCUGGAUCCGGAUUCUCUGGAAUGUUGGGAAGCACAAGUUCGAACGAUUACUCAUUGAAUUUGAGAAAUCCAACUGGAUUGCAGAGAUAA